GUUGCCUUAAAACAAUUCCGACUUCUUCUCCUUGGGUGAAGGUUUUUUUUUAUGUCACAUUAGCUGUCUACUGUCUUCUCCUACGAUGUCUGGUCGUGUUAUCGUUGGAGUUAAACGUGUUAUUGACUACGCAGUUAAGGUCAAGGCCAAUUCCCGCAGAAAGCAUCUUGUCCCUUGCCCUGCUCACACAACGGAUAAAACUCCACUCUAUAAAAUGUGUCAGUCCACACUGACUCAGAGACAUGCAUGUAAGGCCAAACAACUGCCUGUCAGCUGGGGGCCACAGCAAGCACAGGAGACCAUCCGCACUGCCCUUGCCAUGGGGGCUGACCGUGGCAUUCAUGUGGAAGUGACUGGGAAAGAUUAUGAAACCCUGGGACCCCUGCAGAUCUCCAAGAUCCUCGCUGCUUUGGCCAAGAAGGAGGACGCUCAGCUCGUCAUCCUUGGCAAACAGGCUAUCGAUGAUGACUGCAAUCAAACAGGCCAGAUGACAGCAGCCUUACUGGACUGGCCUCAGGGUACCUUUGCAUCCGAGGUGACUUUGGAAGGAGACAAAAUUAAAGUAGUGAGAGAAAUUGAUGGUGGCCUAGAGACUAUUAAGAUCAACACGCCAGCGGUGGUGACUGCAGACCUUCGACUCAACACCCCCAGAUAUGCCACCCUACCUAAUAUCAUGAAAGCCAAGAAGAAGAAGAUAGCUAGCAUGAAGCCUGCAGACUUAGGAGUGGACCUCACAUCACGGUUGGAGGUGUUGAGUGUGGAAGAGCCCCCACAGAGACAGGCAGGGGUGAAGGUGGAGACGGUGGCGGACCUGGUGGCAAAACUGAAGGAGUUAGGGAGGAUAUAGAAGAUUUAGGAGCGUAAGCAGGGAACACACAACCUAGCAGAAUGGACACUCUAAUGAAUAGCUGGACUGCAUUACAUAAGCACACCAAGAGGACUGGCAUAUGUAUCUGUCUAAUCCCUCUGUUUGAGGCAGUGAGUCCUGAAGAUAUGCUGGAAGGCCUUGACAGGAGAGGAGGAAUACUGAGAAACUCUGUCCCACAGCAGAACCAGACAACCACAAACGGAUCAUCUAGCCUUUAAACACAUUUUAACAUGGGUGUUAUAUUUGUAUCAUAGGAUACUCAUUCAUGUUGCUGUUUGUAUGCACUGUACACUGACACCACCUGUAUGAUGCAUUUCACCAACCACACACACAAGACUGUGUGUGCAGUUUAAUGUUGGAUUUCUGUAAUCAUACAUGUUAAGAGGUGCAGUUUUUGUAAAUGAUAUAUGUAAAUAUAGAUCCGCACAUGUUGAUGAACAUGUAAUUCAAGAUUAGGGUCAUGUCUACUGGUAAUUUGUAUAGUUUGUAUGUUAAUUAUAACUGGGCUUUGGUACUCUGCCUAGACAGUGUCUCUCAGUAUGACCAAGGGAAGAUGAUGGUUAGUCUGAAUUUUACCACAGAUGCCUCAGUUCUCUUCUGAUGGUACAGAAUAUUACCAUGACAAUAAAGCAUCCAGUCUGUUUCAUAUCCAAGUGUAGCUGUGGCUGGCAUUUCUUUUUUGUCCUUCAAGAACUCCUGUCUUCAUGGACGUUGCAGUGUUCAUUUUUGAAAUGCUGUUUCAGGGGGGUGUUGACUCAUUUGGUUUAGUUGUACUGCACUACACUAAGGGGUGUUUUUAUAUUUUUCCUGAUGGCCAAAACAUUUAUAGUCAUAGUCCAAACCAUUUUUG